CUACGUGGUUCCGUCUUUAACCGGAAGACUCCGUGUUUACUGUGCUGCCGUCGCUCCACGUUAGCGUCGUUGAUUCACGUAGAAGUGAACAGUAUUACGCAAUAUCUUACGUUUGUCUAACAAAGAGUAAAUCCUGUUGAAAACGCACCGGAUCGACCACGCCGCGACCGGCACGAUUGCCUGAAGGCGGAAGGGCCACUGACACGCGCAGCGAUGACGAGCCGCCUAACGUAGCGCCCAGGUUAGCUUGCUAACAACACAACAUUAGCUAGCUAACUCCCCAAACAGCGGCGGUGACUCCACUACGGCGAAAUAGGAAUAAGCGCGGCCAUGGGUGCGGAGAGCAGCGCGGUGCGGAGCUGCACCCUGGAGGAGCCGCUGCUCACUCUGCCCUCCGGACUCACCGUGCACUCUGCGAUGCUGCAGGAUGGAAAGCCCGUGUCCGUGUUUGUUCACAAGCGGGGCAACGAGGACAAAGUCAACAAAGCUGCUCAGCACCUGAAGACUCUGAGGCACCCGUGUCUGCUGCGCUUCCUGUCGUGCUCGGUGCAGGACGGCGGCAUCCACCUGGUGACGGAGCGUGUCCAGCCCCUGGAGCUGCUGCUGGACGGUCUGUCCCCAGAGGAAGUCUGCGCCGGCAUCUACGACCUCCUGCAGGCACUUGUGUUUCUGCACGAGAGGGGUAAAUCAAGCCACAACAACGUCUGCAUUUCAUCAGUAUUUGUCAGUGAAGAUGGUCAUUGGAAACUGGGGGGGAUGGAUACCGUCUGCAAGUUCUCUGAAGCGACGCCUGAGUUUCUCGCCAGCAUCCGUAAUGUGAGGGAAGCCAGCUGCAUUCCUCCAGAAGAGCAGGUUGAGGACUUUAAAAUGCUUCCGGAUAAACACGCUCACUCCCGGGACAGUUACUCUUUUGGCAUGACGGUGGAGGCCCUGAUCUCUCUCCUGAAUGGCUGUGUGUCACAGGAGCUGUCCGACAGUCUGACAAAGACCCUGCAGGCGGGCCUGCUGAACUCUGACCCCUUUUCGCGACCCCCACUCAGCUCCCUGCUGGCUCAUGACUUCUUCAGGAAUGACUUUCUGGAAGUGAGGGAUUUUCUGAAGAGCCUGACCUUGAAGGUGGAAGAAGAAAAGAAUGAAUUCUUUAAGUUUCUUCUAGACCGGGUCCAAAGUCUCCCUGAAGAGCUGAUCGCUUCGCGCCUCGUCCCCAAACUCCUCAACUCUCUUGUUUUUGCUGAACCCAUGGCUGUCAAGAGCUUCCUGCCUCAUCUUCUGCGGCCAAAGAAGGAAUCCAGUGGCGGAGGAGGUAACGAUGAAGAAUGCCUGCUGUCGAUGUCCCUGUACCGCAAGCACGUGAUCCCUCAUCUUCUCAGGCUCUUCAAGGUCAAAGAGGAACACAUCCGGAUGGUCCUGCUGGCUCACAUGCACAUCUACGCAGGGUUCUUCUCUCACGAUGAAAUCAAAAACCACAUCCUACCUCAGGUUUUGUUGGGAAUGAGGGACACCAGCGAUUCUCUGGUUGCCAUGACGCUGCAGAGUCUGGCGGUGUUGGUGCCGCUGGUGGGGGCUCAAGUGGUGGUUGGCGGAGAGAGGUCGAAGGUCUUCAAACGCACCACACCCAACUUCACGAGGUCAACAGAGGUCACCCCUGAAACUUCACCUGUCCAUAUAGUUGGAGGCCCCCACCCUCACGUGGCCCAGCCGUCAAAAGUCUUGACUUUGUUCCCCAAACCGACAGUGACCGAAGGCCUCGUCCUGGGUCACAUGGGCAGCUCAGCAGGUCGCAGGGAGGCUCCCCAAAUGUACCCGCUGCCAAUAAAACCAGACGUCAGCAGACCGGUGUCCCUUCCUUUGAAUGGCUUCCGUCAGGACAGUGAGACGGAGCCGCUGUCUUACAGCCCCGAGCAGACGGACAGGUUAGAGGGCCCAGUGGAAGACUGGCCCGACUGGAGCGACCCGGAAGAGAGCGAGACCCGAGCCGGACAGUUUCCCUCGCAGCGAAACACUGAACACGAGCCGUGCGAGGACGCCGAACCCACCUCGGAUCUUUCCCCCACGGCUCCUUUGUCUGACCCGGUUGUACUCACACCGCCCAGAGGGGGCGCCGCUACCCCUUUCAAUCCUCCCCCGGAGGCGCUGAGACCAGGCGCCUCCAAACCCCUCAAACUGACCCCCGGCCUCCGGCAAUCUGCACAGGGCCGGACCGCGUCCUCGUUGGACGAGGGCUGGGCUCAAGAAGAGACGGACGCCGAGAACCCGCUGAACCCCAAAACCAAACCUGCGGCGUCCCGAAAGAGUGGCGGCCGAGCGGGUCUGGGGGAGGAGUUCACCAUUACGGUGAAGAGAAAGGAAAAGCCCGACCCGGAGCUGGACUUGUUUGCGGACAUGGUGCCGGACAUCAAAAUGUCCUCUCCGGCUCUGCCGCAGCCGGACGAGGGACCGUCUCCGGCCUCGUCUCUGCAGGGCGACUCGGCCGUCGACGCCGCAACCCUCACCGCCAGGUUCGCCGUUGACAACAUGACCGAGGCUGAAGCCGACGGUUGGGGUGACGGAGAGGACCUGAACUGGGAGGAGCAAAGUUCCUGGUGAUGACGUUUGAUUCGUUAACUCGAAUCCUCAAAAAUGCACCAGAGACUCUCAGUAAUGCUGAAAGUUCUUUGUUUUACUUUAAAAAGCAUGUCAGUCGGACUGAUACAUGUUCUGGUGGUUGUUCUGCAUUAGUCUUUUUUGUUGGGAUAACUUGAUUUUGACAAGUGAAGCCAUUCUUAACCGUUUGCUAACUGGUCCUAAUGUUCUAUGAUUUUUGGGGGGGUUAUUGAGCGUGCCAACUUCACUACUGACAUAAAAAUCAAGGUGUGCAUUUAAGAUUUUGCCAGUUUAAAUGACAGGACUUUGAAUGAAUGUGAAAUCAAAUUACGUAAUUUAUUAGCUUUAGGUUGCUGGUGAAGUAAAGCUUUUCUUGUACAAAAUGAGGAGAUAUGAUAAACUUGUACUUUUGUAAAUCUUGCCAAUAUGGUGCGGCACAAUUUUUGAUGAGUCAGUAAAGACUGUUUGACUUUGUGCUAAAUACAAACAAAUGAACGAUGGCUCGUAUUCAAACACGUUUAAUAAACAAUAUCAAUGAAAA